ACCACACAGUAUACCUGUUUUUGAAAACCAAUACAGAUUUUAUUACAUAAACUCUUGUCAUACACAGAUAUAUUGUUCUUGGUUUCCAUUGAUUUUCUCCAAAAGCCUUCCUUUGUCAACAUCUGCUGCCUGGUGAUCAUAAAACAGAGAAGUCAAAAGAAUGUCGACUCAAACACAACAACAGCCCGUUGUUGUUUACCCGACUAGUGUGUCAAUGCAAGCGCCCCCGUCUCAUUCGUCUCACUCGGGUGGAUCUUUCACGACAUUUUUCAUAGUAGUCGCAGUGAUCAUUGUUGCAUCGGCCAUAUCUUGCUUUCUUGGAAGGUUCUGUGGUCGGCGCAUGAAUCAAAGGAAACCUUCCCCCAAGCGUAAACAGAGCCGUGAUUUACGUCGACCUGAAAAAGGCGACAUCGAGUUCGGGUCCGAUGGGAGGAUUAAUGCAAGUGCCACUGCCAAACCAGGUGACCAUGGUGAACCGAGCAAAGGGUUGGAUAUCAAAAUGCCUCUAACUGAACACGGGGAUCCUGCAGGAAUUGGAAUUGGAAUGCCUGGAAAUGGAUAUGUGAGGGAGUUCAGAGUAAGUGAACAUGGGGAUCCAGCAGGAUUUGGAGUGCCUGGAAAUGGAUAUCCGGAGUUGAGAAUACCUGAGAAUGGGAUUACUGCAGGAUUUAGAAUGCAAGGAAAUGGUGAACCCAUGGAAUUCAGAAUGCCGGGACAUGGACACAAUGGUGAAAACAAAGCCUGUUGAUGGAGGAGCCCUCAAGGCCGGUGCAUGAUAUUUUAUGGCUCAAAAUGAAGAAAUUCCUUGGCUUCUUAUAGUUACGAUAUUGCACAUGUAUUUAUUUGCUUCUAUUGUUCUUAUUAUAUGUAUCAAAAUUUUCAUAUCAAUCAACAAUCACUUUGUUCACAGUA